AUGGGUUCUUGCAUUAGCACUUGCAGACCUAAGAAAGAUUUUACACAAGAAUCAUGUAAUUGUGUUCAAGACAAGCUUGUUAUUACCCAACAAGCUCCAACCAGAACACCUAAAGUAGCUCCAAUUCCUGUCUCUAACAAAAUAUCUCCUUGUCCUUCUUCUCCUACCACUUCUACUUCUUCUAAUUCUUCGUUAACAGGCGCAACGAGCAACAACACUUCUAGUAUUGGCAUCAGUUCAUGCUCGUCGCUAUCGACUUCAUCUUCGGUCUUGAGCUCCAAGGACAGGUCUUUCUCCAAUGAAUUCUUGUGGUCAUGUCUCAAGGAGAAUCCACACAUUGUCCGCAUUAAUUCAAUCAGGGAAAGUACUCUUUCGUCAAGUAUGAAAAUUGAUUCCCAAAAGUUGAAUGCCCUGGCCAAGUCAUUGGCGAAGCAGUCCAUUCCGGAGAAGGGAAGUUUGUCCAUUCCGCAGAAGAGGGUUCGAGCAAGCUCACCAAGUACUCUUACCAGACAAAAGAGCUUCCGCAAGGACUCAGCAUCUUCUUCUUUACCCAGUAGGACACUGAGGUCACCUUCUCCAAGUAGGAGAUUUUCCGGUCAAGGCCUUAUUGGAGACAGUGGCAGAGGAUUUGCAACAAUUACACAGAAGACUAAUUGCUCAGCGCGGACGACUGGUUUGAAGUUAGGUGGGAUGACUAACAAUUCAGUCUCUUCUACUCUAAAGAAGGAGUCUUUGAGGCCACCAAGUCCAAUUCGUAAUUCAAAUCCUCUUGGCACUCCUUUGAGUAACAGAGAAACUUGCAUUCACCGGAUUAGUUCGAAAAUCGAUGAAGUUGCAGUUGGAGAAGCAUUGUCUCAUCUCGAUAAGGACUCCGAUCCAAUAGAGGAUAUUGAUAAUCCGCUCAUCUCCUUGGAUUGCUUCAUCUUUAUGUAG